AUGACAUUAGGUUCAACUCUGUGGACCCUGGCAACAUAUAUGAGCAUUGUUGUCCUAUGUUCCCUGCUUGCAUGGGGAGUCUAUUAUGAUCUCACAAGGACCCACAUUCCCCCAGGAGUCAUACAACCAGCAAAACUAUGGCUUGGUAAUUUCUUCUCUUCCCCUGUGACUAGGCUGGCGGUGGUGAUUGAGAAACUUGGCAUUUGCCACAGAUAUAAGCUCUGGAGGCUUGCGAUGAACGGAAUACCGCCAAUGAAGAGCUCAAAGUUGAUCAUCAAGGACCUGUUUUUCGAUGAGAUUCCAGUGAGGGUCUACUGGCUCAAAACAGCAUCUUCUGGGAACAGGAGGGGAAUGGUCUACCUUCACGGAGGUGCUGGCUUGUUUGGGAGCAUUCAAUCUUACGAAAGGGUGUGCCGUCACAUUGCCCGGGAAAGUGAUACUGUGGUAGUGUGUGUUGGGUUUCGUUUAGCUCCAGAGCAUCCCUUCCCCAUCCCGGUCCUAGAUUGCUGCACCGCAACCAUACACUUUUUGAAGAAUGCAGAAGAAUACGGAGUCGACUCGAAUCGCAUUGUCGUCUGCGGAGACAGUAGCGGAGGAACAUUUGCCGCUGCCGUUUGCCAACAUCUGGUGCCAAGGAAAGAUCUGCCCAGGGUACGAGCCCAGAUCCUAUUCUACCCAUUCCUCCAAGGAAUGGAUUUCAAUUUGCCUUCCUAUCAGCAAAGCCAUUCCAUUCCCGUCUUGUUUAAGAAACGGGCCAUCAAACUUGGUAUCAUGUAUCUGAUUGGGAAGCAAGUGAAUGUGGAUGGCCUCAUGAAGAAUGCCCACGUUCCUAAGCAUUUGUGGGUGAAAUACCAAAAAUGGAUUAGUGCCGACUUAAUCCCAGAGGAAUUUAAGGCCAGGGGCUACGUGCCGAUAGAGCCAGCUCCGUUUUGCCAAGAGCUUUAUGAGUUGUUUCGAGAAGGCUCCAACCCAAUGUUUUCUCCUCUUAUAGCAGAAGAUGAUGUUAUCCGUCAGCUCCCUGAAACGUUUCUCUUGACCUGUGAGUACGACGUUCUCCGGGAUGAUGGGCUGUUGUACAAGAAACGUCUCGAGGACAAUGGGGUGCCGGUGACGUGGCAUCAUGUGAAGGAUGGAUUCCACGGAAUCAUGUUUCCUAUUGACUACGGAUAC